AUGGACGAAGAAAAUCACGGAGAAAAUAUCGCUGCUGUGAAUGGAAGUAAUCUUCAAAAUGCAGGUCCUACUCCAGAUCUUUGCAAGAAGGUUGUUGAUGAAUGGUAUAAAGAAGAACAGAGUUACAACUACCAGACAGGAAUGCCUAAGGCCCCUGGGAUGCUAAUUAAAAACUUUGCACAGGUAACUAUGAAAAGAAAACGAAGUAACAAAAAUCCAUUCUUUAACUAGGUUUUAAAAUAGAGUGCAGUUUCCAUGACGCGCAUCAAUAUUGUAUUUCAAUCAAUCAGCCACACAGUAUCCGGGACACUAACUUGGUUGAGAAACGAUAGCAGGUGUUUCCAGUCCUCUCUUGACGUCACAACAAUGUUACAGCUAUUUCGAUCCUUACUCUCUUUAGUGGACCAGGUAUAUCCUCGACUGGUCACACGUUUAGAGUUGUAGCUAGUUCAGUAUUACAAAACGUUAUUUACCUAGGUAGUUAAUCCGAUAUUGUCAGCAUAACUAUUAUCCUGUGUAAAUAGUUCUUUAUUUGAGAGUUUUUGUGAUAUUGUCAUAUUUCAUUUGUAGAUUGUAGCUUCAUUUGUUCAAGGUCUCUCACAAACUAAUGCGUAUUAGUAAAAUCCAACUAGUGGUCUAUUAUCAACGCUGCGUUCUGAUUAGUUGAACUCCUACUAGGCUAUAUGUUAUAGCCCACUAGUAGCGAAAAGCGCCGGCUUUGAAAACCAAAACAAUGGCGGCUGAAUCGUGUUUUGCUAGCUUUGAGUCGUUUUGUCUCGAUAUUUUUGACCAACUAGUUGGAUUUUACUAAAACACUUAUUCCUCUCGCCCUCCUGGCCUCUGAGUCAAUAGCCCAUUCCGCCUUUGGCCUUAUGGGCUGUUGAAUCAGAGCCCAUUCGGGCUCGAGGAAUAAUUGUUAAUUAACUUUUUUUUAUAAAGGUUGUUUGGAACAGUUCAUUUGAAAUUGGAGUUGGCUCUGCUCGAUCCUCUUCUUAUGGUGACAUAGUAUGCGCUCGUUACAGUCCCCGAGGAGCAAAAGGCAGCCCUGCAGAGUUCAAAAACAACAUCUCUCCUAAAACAGGUUUGGUUCUAAGGUGGUUUAUGAGAAAUAAGGGGUGAAAGUAAUUGUGGAGCCUAUUAGGGUGCAUAGAGAAGUCAUCCUUCAUCCUGUUUAUGCCCAAAAGGUAUAUUCACUAAAAAUAGCAAAUGCAGACGAAAGGUUCAGAAUCUUAGCAAAUAAAUCGUGCCAGUUCAUCAGAUCGCUGAUACAAAUAUUUCAUUACCUUAGGAAAAGGAUCAAAAGAAUAAAAUAAAAGGAAGAAACUAGUUGGUUUUGCGAGAAGAAUGAGUAUUGCAUUGAAGGAAUUCCUCAGGGUUGACAAACUGAGGUGAAUUGAAUACAUGAUCUUUUACAAAAAGCUCCGUUUGCCCCCCUCCCAACACCCACUCCCUCUCUGUUCCCCCCCUCCCGCUAUAGAAGGCAGUAAUGCCGACCGCGUCGGUAAACCUCUACUAUAUUAAUAGUGUUUAAACUAACAAUGCUACAGAAUUUUAUCACAGAGAAGUAGCUACUUAGAAAACGUUAUUCGCUGAAACAUUAAAGAAAAUUCUUUGGGGACAAGUCCUUGAAGCCUUAGGAUUAAGACUGAUGGAUUGACCGUUGUCUGAUCACAGGCGGAGAGGUGACCGGAGUAGGAGGAGGAUUAGACGAAGGAAACGAAACAGUUUGGUCAUGGGGAGGAGGAAUCUCACACGAGGAAAACAUAACCUGUGGGAUUGGAAAGAAGCCUCGUAUUGUUGGUGGUUCAGUAGCCAGGCCAGAAGAGUUUCCCUGGCAAGUAAGCUUCCGAACCGAUCCAAGGGGCAUUAUGAGGCACUUCUGCGGUGGAACUCUGAUCGGUAAAAAGUGGGUGCUGACUGCAGCUCAUUGCUUUCCACGAGGGUAUGAAGCUAAACUUCCUUAUACGUGGGCCGUGCUUGGAGAUUAUGACGUAACCAAAGAUGAAAAUGAGACGAUCAUCGCUAUCAGAAGAGUAAGACGGAUGAAAUCUGUUUGUAGUUUGUAUUAUUGGUCGAAUUAAUUUUGUUAUAAGUAGGUGUCAUAUGGUCGUCCUGAGUUUAGUCCUAAAUAGGACUGUUGUUGACAAUAACUGACGCUACUGACGCUUUGGCAACCUGUGCGAUAGUCAAAUUUUCGAUUUACCAAGACAAUUUGACUUACAAUUAAACGACCGUUAUGGCUGUGAAAGAAGACGGAUCGAAACACUCCAAUCACAUUUAUACAGACGACUAAUAACAGUGAAUAGCCAGAGCUUAUAAAUACCAUCAACUGGCGGCAUACAACUCAGUUUGACUCUGAAGAUGACUACCACACAGGUUUUAUAAACGUCUGUCACUGUUAACACUUGUCCUUUUUGACACUACGCUCACCCGGCCGAUUACACGGUAAACACCCGCGAAUAAGAACCUUCUUUUUUGAAGUCUGGCAAGAAAGCUAGAUUUUUGUAAUUUGGGCUCAAACCAUUCACAAGUUUUGCUGUAUAACCUCGUUGCUGAGAGCUGUCUUUUUCAAGGGGACAGAAAGAACAAAAACUCUUCACGAAAGAGGUUGAUUUUUUUUCCGUGACCUUAUGACAGACGGUUUUUUCAAUAUUUUAUCAAGGAGCCACGAAGUACCAAAUCAUAAGGAGUUGUUAAACUGAUACUUUUACUUAGUAGGAAAACUGAGGGCAACAACGUUAUUUUCUUGAGUGGGUGAAAAACUCCAUCUUGCCCUGGGCGACAUAAAAUCCUCCUGUUGAUCAACCAUGGUGAUUGGUACGAUGAUUGCUGAUUUUUAAUAUUCUUGAUUUGCAACUGUGUGACUGACAAGGUUUGACAAGGCCACAGUUAGUUGGUUGGCUAAAAAAAGAUCGCAAGAUUUGCAUGGAAAAAGUUCGGCCCCUGGCGGAGGGAAAUCCUUUUGUUUUUCUCAUCCAGCAUGGCUACCAUUACGUCAGCUGGAAACCAGCGAUAAAAAAGUCAAAGAACCUCGGCUCAACUCCGUGGCUUUAUCACACCUCAUGCGAUGACGCGUUACCUAAGACUGAUGACAUCUGCUGGUCAUACUUCAAUGCAGCCUGCCUUAGUUUAAUCCCGGGGGGGGGACUCCCAUAUGAAACAGACGGGGAUACUCGUCGGAAAUUUUGAUUUUAACCCCUAAAGGAGACCAUCUGGGCGUGGCUCAAGCUUUUUGUGACCCCUAAAGGAGACCAAUCUGGGCGUGGCUUAAGCAAAUUUUGACCCCUAAAAGAGACCGCUUAAAAACACACAAAUACGACAUGCAAUGAGUUUUAAUGAUAUAAAGACAUAAUCAUCGAAUGCUUUUAUCUAAAAGUAGUUUUUAAAAGCAUUGUCAUAAAUCUCAAGUUCUUCGCGGGACCCUAAACGAGACCUUGGCGGUUUAAAAUAUUGGCACUUUGCCCGGAACACCCCAAGCGAGACCAAAAUCCAAAAUUUACACCCCUAAGCGAGACGACGAACAUCCCCGUCUGUUUCAUAUGGGAGUCCCCCCGGAGUUUAAUACUUUUUCAGAGCAAGUAUCUACAGCAGGAAAUAGAUCGUUAGCGAGCCAGCUGUUAAGCGUAAACUCGAAUCUUACUUAAGUUAUAGCAAGAGCCAUAAUAGGACUAUUAUGGCUCUUGGUUAUAGUUAUAAGUAAGAUUAUGGUGAUAUUCAUGAUUACGUUUAAAUUAAAAAAAAAAUAAACAUAAAUAAGCAAAACAAAACAAACAAAAACGAAUCAUUUUAUCUUACGUUUUUCAGGUGCUAAAACAUCCAAAGUAUGUUCCCGAACCGUUUCUCUUCAACGACAUUGCACUAGUGGAGCUAGAAGAGAAUGUAUCUUUUAACGACCGCGCAAAACCAAUUUGUCUCUCAAAGGGAGGUAUCCACUUCAAGCCAGGUACAAUGUGCGCGGUAACUGGGUUUGGAGCCACCAGAUGGGGCCCAAAUGGCGGAACGGAAUCUAAAACGCUGAAGAAAACAAAACUUCCCUUAGUGGAGGACAAAACGUGUGCUGGGCUUUAUGGCCCCCAGGUAAAAGAUCACUCUUUCUGCGCUGGCUUUGAAGACGGAACGAAGACAUCUUCGUGCAAAGGAGAUAGCGGAGGUCCACUGGCGUGCGAAAAAGAUGGAAAGUAUUACUUGAUAGGGGCUACAAGCUGGGGACUGCCAUGCAACAUUCCAGGAUUUCCAGAUGUUUUCACUAACGUGACGUUCUUUAUGGAAUGGAUUGUUAGGGGACAAAAAUUAUCUCCUUGA